AUGGCUGGUCUGCGCCGCCAGAAGUGCGGUGGCAAUCUUCUUCACUUUCGGAUUUCCCUCAAGCUAAGCAAGCCGACGAGAAAGGGAGUUUUUCUCUUUUCAAGACUCACACACACAGCAACAACAGAAGACAAAAUGCAGAUGAAAGUUGCCAUGGACAAGCAGACGUCGCGGCGCGUUGUCAAGGUGACCAACUACGCGCUGGUGCAGGUGCUCAAGGCCACGGUAGCUCGACUGCGCAAGAUCGAGAUGGAGCUGGGUGACCUAGAGCUUGCACUGGAGGACGAGCAGGAGGAGGUUGAGUCCUAUAGUGACGACAUCGACGACUGUCAUGACCGAAUUGAAGACAUCGAUGAAUUCGUGCGCGAGCUCGAGGCGGGCAAUGUGCACACGGUGAGUGACGUCACGGCUGCGCUCGCCGAGAUGACAGAGGAGCGCCAGGAGGAGCACAAACUACUAAAGGUUCUGGGCGACGCGCGCGCGAGCCACGAGCAGCAGUUCGAGCAGCUCCAAAGCCAGUCUGCUGCACUCAAGGCGGAGCGUCUUCUGCUGACCAAGACUCGUUUCGACAUAUGUUGCCUCUUCCGCCGCAACGGCGUCUUUGAUCUCGUGCGACGGAGGUUAGCGGUGUUCAACCCCAAGCUGAUAUAAAGAGAUCGGGCGGCGUGGCUCAAUAUUUAUUAGCAAUAGUACUAUGGAAAUACUAUAAUACCAACUCUCUUUAC